AUGCUGCUGCUGCUCCUGCUCACCAUGGCUUUCCCCCUCGCCCCCGGGGCUCAGGCUGGGGAGAUCAUCGGGGGACGGGAAGCCGAGCCUCACUCCAGACCCUACAUGGCCUUUGUGGAGAUAAAGAAAGGAGAAAAUCAAAGCAACAUGUGUGGAGGGUUCCUCAUCCGGGAGGACGUGGUGGUGACGGCUGCUCAUUGUAAUUGCAACCUGGGCGACAUCACUGUGCUGCUGGGGGCCCACAAUAUUUCAAGGAUUGAACCAGGGAGGCAGGAGACCUGGGUACGUCGCCGAAUUCCCCAUCCAGAAUACAACGAUGAAACAUAUGAAAAUGACAUCAUGCUGCUGCAGUUGGCCCAGGAGGCCAGACUGAGUGACCAGGUUCAGCUCAUCCCCCUGCCCCGCUAUGAGGAGAAAGUUAAACCGGGGUCCAUGUGCAGCGUGGCAGGCUGGGGUCAGACAAGUGUGUUCCCUGGGAAGACCUCAGACGUGCUGAUGGAGGUGGAUCUGGAGGUGAUGGAAGACAGGAACUGCAGCAGGCACUUUCUCAAUCACUAUAAACCUAGGACCAUGCUGUGUGCAGGGGAUCAGCAUCGCAGGAAAUCGUCUUUCAAUGGCGAUUCUGGGGGGCCCCUGGUGUGUGGCAGGGUGGCCCAGGGCAUCGUCUCCUUUGGUCCCAAUGACGCUUCCCCUCCUGAAGUGUACACACGGGUCUCCCAGUUCAUCCCCUGGAUAAAGGCAACGAUAGGAAAGCUACAAGCCCCGGACCCGCUGGAAUUCUCCUCAUGUCCCUGA